UACCUGCAAGUCAAUGGAAGUCUGUUACGGGACAAUAAACAAAUGAAAUAAUAAGAACCAGAAGAAAUUAAUGCAUAAUGGUAGCCAUUGAAUGACAUACUGAUUUUAUUUCUUUUUUUCUUUUUAAAGUGGUAUCUAAAGGACAACUUUUAUGUAGUGUGUACUCUUAAACCCUGUAUCAGAAAAAUCGACCUCCGCAUUUACUUAAGUAUCCUGUUCAAAAUCACUAAUAUCUACACACGUACAAGCCAGGUGCAAGAUAUCCUGAAAGACUCAACAACAUUUCGAUCACUUAUACCAUGGAAUCCGAGAGUAAGCAAGUGACAGGCCAGCUAUUGAUGGCUGUGGGGACAGCUGUAAUUGGCUCCCUGCAGUUUGGCUAUAACACAGGGGUCAUCAACGCUCCUCAGAAGAUCAUUGAGAACUUCUACAAUGAGACAUGGCACAGCAGAUAUUCGGAACACAUUCCCCAAACCUCCCUGACCACAAUGUGGUCCGUCUCCGUAGCCAUCUUUUCUGUGGGAGGAAUGUUUGGCUCCUUCUCUGUAGGCCUGUUUGUCAAUCGACUAGGAAGGAAAAACUCCAUGUUCCUAGCCAACGUGUUGGCCUUCAUUGCAGCUGCCUUCAUGGGUUUCUCUAAGAUGGCAGCUUCCUGGGAGAUGCUGAUCACUGGUCGCUUCAUUGUGGGCCUGUACUCAGGACUAUCUACUGGUUUUGUGCCCAUGUAUGUAGGGGAGAUCUCGCCCACCUCCCUCCGUGGGGCUCUCGGCACCCUACAUCAGCUGGGCAUCGUCAUUGGCAUCCUCAUGGCACAAGUCUUUGGAAUUGAGUCGAUCAUGGGGAACAGUUCGCUGUGGCCCCUCCUGCUGGGUUUCACCUGCAUUCCAGCCGUAGUGCAGUGCUCCCUGCUGCCCUUCUGCCCAGAGAGUCCCCGCUUCCUCCUCAUCAACCGCAAUGAGGAAAACAAGGCCAAGAGUGUUUUGAAAAAACUGCGAGGCACAGAUGAGGUGAGCGCCGACAUGCAUGAGAUGAAAGAAGAGAGUAGACAAAUGAUGAGGGAGAAGAAGGUGACCAUCGCUGAGCUGUUCCGCUCUCCCCUAUACCGCCAGCCCAUCUUCAUUGCAAUCAUGUUGCAGCUCUCCCAGCAGCUGUCUGGCAUCAAUGCUAUUUUCUACUACUCCACCAGGAUUUUUGAGAAGGCUGGGGUGUCUCAGCCAGUCUAUGCCACAAUCGGAGCUGGGAUUGUCAACACGGCCUUCACUGUGGUGUCUCUGUUUGUGGUGGAGCGUGCUGGUAGAAGAUCCCUCCACCUCAUUGGGUUGCUGGGAAUGGCCGGAUCAGCAGUCUUGAUGACCAUCGCCAUGGCAUUGUUGGACCAGUUGAAGUGGAUGUCAUAUGUCAGUAUUGUGGCCAUAUUCAGUUUUGUGGCCUUUUUUGAGAUUGGCCCUGGCCCCAUCCCUUGGUUUAUUGUGGCUGAACUCUUCAGCCAAGGUCCUCGGCCCUCAGCAUUCGCUGUAGCAGGUUUUUCUAACUGGUCUUCAAACUUCCUUGUGGGCAUGUGCUUUCAGUAUGUUGAGCAACUGUGCGGCCCUUAUGUCUUUAUCAUCUUCACUGUGCUGUUACUCGGCUUCUUCGUCUUCACCUUCUUCAAAGUGCCUGAGACUAAAGGACGGACCUUCGACGAGAUCUCAGCUGGCUUUCGCCAGAGUGCAGGACAGGGGGCGGACAAGUAUUCUGCACCUGAGGAGCUCAAUACGCUUGGGGGGGCAGAUUCUGAGCUUUGAAUACCCCAUCUUAUUCAUAUAGUAACUUCACCACACAUACAUACACCAGCAUCUCUAAACACUAAACUGUUCGGCUGCACUGAUGGACCACAACUACUUAUGGUGUGAUAGAUAUUACACUAGGAAUGAUUGAAUGAUUUUAAGUCAAAAGAGGCAUAUGUAAAUAUAUAUUUUAUUAUUACUCACAGUUUAUACUUGAAAGUACUUGAAAGUGUUGGUCUCUUUAAAGGGCUAUUCUACUACUUUUCUAUUAAUAAUAUAUAUUUAUUAUGAUUUCUCAAUGUAAUAACAGGAAAGGUGUUAAUGUCCAAAAGUCAAACUAUUGACAAAUCAUUGUGUUUUAAGAUAAUAAGCCAGGGGAACAAUCUCAAUAAAGUAUCAGUAUAUAAGAGAUGUAUUUUGUGAAUGUUAUGGUUUAUGUUAUUGGAUGUUAUAUUGGGUGACCAUCUUUAUGUGCCCAUAACCCACUCUCUUCUCAAAUGAAAUAGAGAAUUUGCCAGUAUUCAUUUGUUUGUUAUCCAAGGGAUGUUACAAUAUUUCACUGGACACUAAGAAAGGCAUAUUGACUUGAUUUAGUAUGUGAGCGUGCGUGUGUGUCUUCACUUUAUGAUUAGUGGCUUUUCCUUUACUAUUGAACAUAAUUGCAUACUCUAAAUAACAUAAAAGGAAGUAACUGUAAAUAUACUCUCAGCCUAACAGUUAGUGUAAUAUUUACAAACAUGGCAGAACAUUCAUUAGCGUCUAACAGCGUCUAACACAAUGCGAUCUAGUGAGGUACUGAACAAGAACAUAUUGAGAAGACAAAUCUGUGUGUAUUAGAUAUGAGUGAUACUUUUUUGCAAAUAUAAUGUGCCAAGACAUGCUGCUGUCAUGACAAUUCUGUGUCAUGAGACAUCGUGUGAUAGUUGGGUUUUUGGAUCAAUAAAUCGAAGCUGCAC